AUGCCAAAGACGCGCAUCAACUGGGCUGGUGAAGAGCAAGAUAUGCCCUUAUCCCAAGAAUGCAACUGCCACGGCCGACGAAAUUUCAAGGGUUGGAUGAACGACAGGCCCCUUGGAGUGGAAGUUGGGCUUGAGAAUACCGUUCAUGUUAAAGCCGGCAGCGGAUGUCAGGAGCUGGUUGCCAUUGCUCGUAAGAUUCAGUUCGGCGAUAAAUUUGCAGUAUUUUUCAGAAUCGACAAUCACCAAAACGCCUAG